GCUGGUGUCCCUCUUCGGGGUCACCUUUACCUUCGUGUCCUGCCUGAGGAACGGCUGGGUCUGGGACACCGUGGGCUGCGUGUGGGACGGGUUUAGCAGCAGCCUUUUCGUUGUCAACAGACGCUUUAUCUUCCAGAAUGGCGGACAGUCUCCCCACAGAAUUCGAUGUGAUCAUAAUAGGGACAGGUCUGCCCGAAUCCAUCCUUGCAGCUGCGUGUUCAAGAAGUGGUCAGAGGGUUCUGCAUCUCGAUUCAAGAAGCUACUAUGGAGGAAACUGGGCAAGUUUCAACUUUUCAGGAUUGCUCUCCUGGUUGAAGGAGUACCAGCAAAAGAGUGAUGUUGCAGAAGAAAGUACUGCCUCGUGGCAAGGCCUGAUUCAUGAAACAGAAGAAGCCAUCACUCUGCGCAAGACGGAUGAAACCAUUCAACACACAGAAGUUUUUUGUUACGCCAAUCAGGAUAUGGAUGACAAAAUUGAAGAGACUGAUGCUCUGCAGAAAAAUCCUUCCUCACUGACAUCUAGUACUCUCACUAAACCUCUGGAUUCUGCAUGCUUGUCUGAAGAAACACACUCAUAUGUCACUAGCUAUGAAAUGCCUGCCAAAGACAUUCCAAAAAAUGAUGGAGAGAUUUCACUAGAAGUAAGUGGUGUAGAGGGCACCUUGGCAGAAGAAAAAUAUUGUGGAGAUGAAACUUGUAGACACACAGUUUCAGGUGGAGAUACAGAUGAAAACAAACCUAUAGAGGAAGACAACACUGAUCAACUAAAGAGAAAUAGGAUUACUUACUCUCAAAUAGUUAAAGAAAGCAGGAGGUUUAAUAUUGAUUUGGUAUCAAAGCUCCUGUAUUCUCAAGGGUUGCUGAUUGAUCUUUUAAUCAAAUCAAAUGUUAGUCGUUAUGCAGAAUUUAAAAAUGUCACUAGGAUUCUUGCAUUUCGAGAAGGAAAAGUAGAACAGGUGCCUUGUUCCAGAGCAGAUGUCUUCAAUAGCAAAGAACUCACUAUGGUUGAAAAGAGGAUACUAAUGAAAUUUCUUACAUUUUGUUUAGACUAUGAACAACAUCCUGACCAAUACCAAGCUUUCAUGCAAUGCUCAUUUUCAGAGUACUUAAAAACUAAAAAAUUAACCCCCAACCUCCAGCAUUUUGUACUGCACUCCAUUGCAAUGACAGAAUCAUCUUGCACUACAAUAGAUGGCCUUAAAGCAACAAAAAACUUCCUUCAGUGUCUUGGACGGUUUGGCAACACUCCCUUUUUAUUUCCCUUAUAUGGCCAAGGAGAAAUUCCCCAGUGUUUCUGCAGGAUGUGUGCAGUUUUUGGUGGAAUCUAUUGUCUUCGCCAUAAAGUUCAAUGCCUUGUAGUUGACAAAGAAUCUGGAAGAUGUAAAGCAAUUAUAGAUCACUUAGGUCAAAGAAUAAAUGCUAAAUAUUUUAUUGUGGAGGAUAGUUACCUUUCUGAGAAAACAUGCUCAAAUAUACAGUAUAAGCAGAUCUCCAGGGCAGUGCUCAUUACAGAUCAAUCUAUACUAAAGACAGAUUCAGAUCAGCAACUUUCCAUUUUGAUAGUGCCUCCAGCGGACUCAGGAACAUGUGCCGUUCGUGUCACUGAAUUAUGUUCUUCAACCAUGACGUGCAUGAAAGACACUUAUCUGGUACAUCUGACCUGUUCCUCCUCUAAAACAGCAAGAGAAGACUUAGAGUCAGUAGUAAAGAAACUAUUCACUCCAUAUACUGAAGCAGCAAUAAAUGAGGAGGAACUUACAAAGCCAAGACUCUUGUGGGCUCUUUAUUUUAAUAUGAGAGAUUCCUCCGGAGUCAGCAGAAGCUCAUAUAAUGGCUUACCGUCCAAUGUUUAUGUCUGCUCUGGGCCUGACUGUGGACUGGGAAAUGAGCAUGCGGUCAAGCAAGCUGAAACGCUGUUCCGGGAGAUCUUUCCAAGUGAAGAAUUCUGUCCCCCACCUCCAAAUCCAGAAGACAUUAUCUUUGAUGGUGAUGAUAAACAACCAGAGGUUUCUGGAACCAAUAACAUAAUCAUGGCCAAACUAGACUCCUCUGAGGGAAGCAAAAACCUAGAAAGCCCAGGGAAACAUCUUGAAAACUAGGAAGAAGCAAACUGGAAGUGCUAUUUUGGGCCUUCGUCCUGGCAUCAGAGUAUUUUCAUUUAGAGGACAGUGUCCUAUAUGAGUAAUUAGAACUGGUUAUAUGAUGGAUGCUGUGUAGAUGUUGUCUUUAGUUCUGUUUGAGACAUCAGUCAUUGGAUGUCUUUGUUAACCUAUCAGUAACUGAUUGACUGUUGGACAAGGUUAACUUUAUUUUAGUAUUGGGUGUAUAAGUGAGGGUUCCAUAUUAGCAACUGGGCUUAACGGCAGGUAAUAUAUAUCUACUAAUGAUCUUCCGAUUGUAUUUGUCUAUAACAACAAUAAUACCUAAGGAAUAUUUUAAUUAGUUUUGCAGUUAUUACAGUUGCUACCACCUCUGAAUAGUUACACAGUAAAUUAUGUGGGUGUUUUGUAUAUGAUAUCAAUGUACAGACAUGAUGGUAGCAAUAGCAACUUACGCAAGUGCCAACUGUUAGAAGAUUAGCUUUGCAUGUUCCUUUAUUUGUCAAGGUCUGGUGUUUACAAUACACUUUGCAGUUCAGUUCCACUUUGCAGUUCAGUUCCCCCAUUUGACUCUUGUUAACCUAUGAGUCAGGGACACCACCA